AUGGGUACCACUUCAAUUCCAACAAGCACCCCAUUCGCUACCUGCUACGGGGAAGCAAUCAAGAAAUUCCAAGAAUCCAUCAAAAAGUCUCAUCCGGAGCCGCAGAAAAACGACCUAUGGAAUCUUUUCUUCGACACUCAGGCUUCGGGCUCGAAGGAGUUUCAGAACCUUCUUGAGAUAUGUAGUAAUAUGGUGUCGAGUAGGAGUGGUGGUGAGAAGGGUUCUGAGAAGGCGGAGCGGUUGAUGGAGGUAUUGGUUGAGAUUAAGAAAGGGGGUGAUGCUACUGUUUCUGCUGCGCCGGAGAGUGUGUCGUUGGUUUGGUUUGGGAUAUCUUCUUUGAUAUCGGUGGCGGUUAAAUCCCAGGAACUGCGGAUUAUGAUAUGCGAUACGUGUCAAAGUAUUGCGAUAAUGAUUCGAGAUUGUCUAAGAUGGGAAAGACACACGCUUUGUUCUCCGACGGCGAAGCUGAGCGCUGAUCAAACUCAGGGUCUUGCGUUAGAUAAGAUUAAUAUUUGGGAAGUUGACGUACCAGAGCUCCUUUACGCCAUCUUUGAAUUUCUUUGGCACUCGCUGGCUCAUCGUGAUCGGAAAUUUUUCCAAAGAAUUGGGUCAACGGUAAAGGAGACAUUCACCAAUAACUUGAAACAAAGGGUUGGGAGGUUGAUGGACGCAUAUAAUAAACUUGUCCAAUCGGCACAAGCACAAUUCGAGGACUUGCUUCUGGAGAAGGGCCAAGAAGCCGAAAAGAGUCUUGCUGAGACCAAACGAAUCAUGGAAGAAUCCGUUACCCUUCUUUCAAAAGUUUUCAGCGAUCUUCACUAUGAAUGGAAGCGGGGCAGACUCAAAGAACAAACCGAGAAAAUAGCGGAGCCAAAUUCACAUAAAUUACAUUUCAAAGGUCUUAGUGACCGCGCCAAUAUCAUCUUGAGCGAGCGAAAUAACGGGCAAGUUGCGGAGUGGCUUUUCGAUGAUAAUAUCUACCAAAGUUGGGUGGGGCCACCAGCGAACCUUGAUAUCGAAAAAAGAACAAUAUUGUGUCUUAAAGGUCGUAGGGGCCAUGGAAAGAGCAUGGCAAUGUUGUGCUUAAGAAAGAGGUUGGAGCUAGGUACUAACGGUCUCGUCUCGAGCGACAAUUCGAAAUCGGUUGUGCUAUACUUCUUCUUCAAAAGAGGAGAUCACGAGCUUCAAAAUACGAGAACGGCACUGGAAACUAUAUUAUAUCAGCUGCUAAACCGCGUUCAGAAUACAGAGGACAACGAGGAUAUUAUUGAUGAGUGUAUUAGCAUCCUAAAUCCAGAGCUUAGGGAAUCGAGCGGGGUUGGAUCAAGUGGAAUACCAAGGUACGAUUCGACAGAUAUCAAAUCGAUAUGCGAAUCCAUUCGUAUUAUUGCAUCCAGACUCUAUCGCGUCUACAUACUAGUGGAUGCCCUCGAUGAGUGCAACGACAGACAAGAAGGGGGUCUAGUCCAAUUGCUCAAGUCAAUCGCCUAUUCUGGAAAUGCUGCUGCCAACGAGAGUGUACGCGUCGUAUUUUCAGUCCGAAAUACUGUUGAUAUCACGGCAGAACUCAAACCAUUUAGCGACUCUUUUCCCCAUGAGUCGUGUAUUUCAACAACCCCCAACCAGAGGGUGUCAGAGGACCUCGAACCCUGGAUCGGCGUUAUUGAAAUUACAGCUGAGAGAAACUCUCCAGACCUCAAUGCAUUCCUUCAACAUGAUGUUAAAGCACUCUUGACUCGCCGAAUUGAUCCUAACACUCACCCUGAACUCUACAACUCGGAAUUAAUUAGGAUAUCCGGCAUUAUCCUAAACAGAGCAAAUGGAGAUUUUGCGCUGGCGCGGAUGUUUAUUGCACACCUCCAGCAGCCGUCCAAAUUACCACUGAACGAAAAAAAUAAACCGUGGGUCGUCUGGGGUGUUUCUGGAAUAACGGUAUUUGAAGUCUCAGACCACUAUAGGGAGAUAUAUAGAAGCGCUAAGGACAGGUCUUGGAAUUCUGGGCCACGAAACGAUGCUAAUCUAACACAGACCGAUGUCGAUUCGGUAACAUCUCCACAUUCUGCGGACACGACCAACGUAUCUUAUGAUGUUGUCCAAGGCAACCCGGAAGAUGACCCCGAAAUCAAAAAUAUAAUUUACCAUUUGGAGACCGUUGGUCAAGAUUUCUUCAGAAUCAAGAAAGAUACCAACCUGAUCGAUGUCGAUAUCUCUAUAAGAGAGUGGAUACAAGACGAACACGCAAUGACAGCCCCAGGAGUUAAAGAAAAAAGAGGUUUCAGCAGAUAUAUGGAUGAUGAAAGAAACGUAGUGUUCAAGUUCACACUGACUCUACGGGCCUUGAGCAAUCAAUCCUUCCAAGACAAAUAUAUGCCUUGGGAACUAGUAACGGGAAAAGACUACUCUAGAUAUGAGGUCGAUAAUUGGCAUAUCCACCUAAAGACUCUAGACAAAUGGUGGAUUAGUGGCAAAAGUCACCUCGAGAGCAAGUGGUCCGAUCUCCGAGAGCAAAUCUUUAUCUUCAUGCAACCAGAGAAUUGGUAUCGGUGGAUUCUUCUAGUCUUUCGGAAGCGCUUCGGCACGCCCACAUACUCAUGUUGGGAUUGUGAAGAGGUUUCCUUGUUUUGCCAACAUCCAAUCCACAUUGCGGCUGCGCUUGGUCUACAAAUUGUUAUCGACCUCCUAUUGGGUGACAAUAAUAAAGAAUCGAAAGCCAGGCAUCAGGAAAGAUUCAAAAUUGUAAGUACACUAACUCAGUCCGGGGCCGUUAGGGCAGGGAUUGAGGGUUUCGAAACAUACCAAAAAGAUGUUCAGAAUAUUCCGGAGGUUGACCUGCCAAUGGUAAAUGGAUCUAUCCCUUUAUAUCUCGCGGCACCUUAUCCAGGAGCAUUACAGAGCCUUAUCAAGUACGGCGCGAAUGUUAACGCGGCAUCCCGCAGAGGGCGCUAUUAUAAUGGACCGGUGCUAUUGUGCGUUCUCUCUCAGAUGGCCGACCACGAGAAAAAUAUGGAUAUUAGCACAUGGAUAAGAAGUGCUAAGAUUCUGGUGAGUGAAGGCGCAAGGGUGGACGCAACCGACGACUCUGGAGCAACGGCGCUCCAUUAUGCAGCAAAAAUUCAGGAUCUCGACUUUUUCAAGUUCAUACUCAUAUCAGCACAUCAGAAUAUUCACGCAGUGGACAAAGACCUAAAGACGCCUCUCCACUACUUGUUUUCCCGUCGCCCGCCUGAUGACAAAGUUCAAAAUGUCCUCCAGAUUUGUGAUAUCUUAGUAUCAAUGAGCCAAGGUGGCGACAAGAAGAUAGACCUCGUUAACGCUCAAGAUGCAAAAAGCACAAGUCCCCUUUUUGAAGCAAUCACUCAAGGUUUUACUGCCGGAGUUAGGAAGUUGAUAGAACUUGGGGUUGAUGUUGAUGAUGAUGACACAACUGGAAACACCUUUUUCCACCUUUUGGCUGCCAUUUCUACUUCUUCUUCUACCCUUGAGGUUGCUCAACUCUUGGAUAUGAGCAAUUUGGAUUUUAAAAGAACGAACGGACGCGGGGAAACGGCCCUUAUGACCGCUUUUCGCAAGAAUAACAUGCCUAUGAUCGAGUUUCUCCUAGAGAAAUACAGCUCCCUCGAUGAAGAUGAGGCACAGCCUCACCCGAUUUUUGCCCCCGGUGAAUUCGGCAAGAAUAUUUUUCAUUAUAUGGCCCUGUCUAAAACUAGUUGGGAUGAAGCAGCCCUGAAAUCAAUCAUGUCGUGGUUGGACACUUCAGCUAUUCGGGGGGCUUUGGCUGGGCAAGAUUUGAAUGGAAAAACUCCACUUCAUUACGCUGCGGAAGGAUUUAACUGCACACAGACGAACUGGUUUUUAGAUUCGAAACCGGAUAUCACUGUUCGAAAUGGAGACAACGAAAACAUUUUUGAUGUUUGGUGCACCCAACUUGUGCUAAAAUUUGAUAUCGUGGAUGAAUGGAAACCAAUAGACUGCGAAAUUCUGCGAACUUUCAAACGGCUAUUUGAUAUAUCGCCCCAACCUUUACGGCUAUCAAUUUUGGAUACCUUAUUAUGGCCAUGUCAAAAUGAAAAGCUCACAGAAAUACUCAACUGGAAGCUAUUUGAAGAGUACGAAGAGCUGGGGAAUUGUCAGGACGAACAUAACUGGCGUGUUCAUGAUAUCCUCCAACACUGCCAGCCGCGCCUCCAUGACAAAAUAAAAAAUCCGAGAAAGGGCCCAGCUAUUAAAAAUAUCUUAAGUCCCUCACGAAUGGUGGUUUAUUACGGUGGGUUUGCUAAGGGCUCCGAGGAUGGACUUUCCUGGUCGAUACCGUCUACUGGAGCAUACUAUUCUGAUUGCAAAAUUCAUGGGGAUCAUCCGAUUCCACCAGAUUCUGUAUUUUACUUUGAAGUAACGUUUCCGCCAGUUUCAGAGAGAGAUAGAUACUCCGUAUGUGAUUCCACUAGCUUUAUGGGGAUACAACAACUGCGUGACGCCGGUGGCCGACGAAACGUCGCCAUCGUAGAACAGGAGGAUAAAAUUAUUGUUGAAACGUUCGGCCGCAUUUUCUCCGCGGAAACGCUAAAUAUAAGACAGAACUUCCCAUCGGUAUUUAAUUCGGAUCGAGGAGACAAGUCAGAGAAGGUCCAGAACCAGGAGCUUGAGAUUACAAUCGGAUUGGGGGUAAAUACAUCUUCACUCAGGUUAUUCUAUACUUUCAACGGUCUGUUUGCGUGCGAGAGGGGGUAUGCUCCCCAGCAGCGAUAUUUGCCUAUUGUGAGCCUUUCAGAUUGUCGCCUAAGUUGUACCGUAAAUUUUGGAAAGACGCCCUUCCAGUUUGAACCAGCUAAUCAGAGUGAUUGGCAGGAUGAUACAUCGUCUUUCCAGUCAUAUUUUCAAGGCUGA